AGGCGAUAGUGUACUUUCUUAUUAUAUCGCGGCUCACCAUUCGCGUCUGCUUGGAAAGUUGGAAAUCGCAGAUUUUAAUUGGACGUACCCGGCUGCGUGAUAAAUUUGAAAAAAGUUGAAAUUGUCACUUGCCCAAUUUGUUUACUCCUCUUGUUUUCGUAAUGGCUCAACGAGCCUUACCUCAAAGUAAAGAAGCUCUACUAAAAUCGUACAACAAAAGGUUGAAAGAUGAUGUAAAAUCAUUGCUGGACAAUUUCAGUGAAAUAAUAAAACUGGCUCGUGUUGAAGAGGAAACACAAGUUUCCAGAAUGACACAGUGUGAAGAAGAUCAUUUUGAAAUGUUAGUUCGUGCCUCAAACAUAGUUAGAGCUGGGGAAUCCUUAAUGAAGCUUGUGACAGACUUGAAGCAAUACCUGAUUCUCAAUGACUUUCCAUCAGCUAAUGAAGCCAUUAGCCAGACUGCCCGUUCCAUGUUGGCAAUGCAGCAAGAAUCUGACAGAAAGUUAAUGGCACUAAGAGAUGAUUUAGCAGCAGACUUGUAUGAUCUUGAAGAAGAAUAUUAUUCAUCUCCUUUCAAGUAGCUCAUUGUGAAUAAUGUAUUGAUUUAUUUUUGUAAAAUGUAAAAUGUUGGAAGGGCUUGGAAUUCCUCAGAAAGAGAAACUGUCCUUCAUUGUGUCAACUGUAUCAUUACAAACUUAUUUUCAAGGCCUUUUUUCAAGAAUAGAAUGAUAAUGUUAUUUUUUAAAUAAACAAUUCUUUUUA